CGAAAAUCGAGUGACGUCACGGCUUUGUCAAGGAGGAGAAGGCGGGCGGCGCAUGCGCAGCUCCGAGGGAGGCAGUGCAGUCGCGGGAGUGGGAUUGUGAGUCAACGGUGUGGCGAGUAGACUCAGGUGGGGGAGUCUACGGACAGCUGCGGACGCCUAAUGCGGUGAGCUCCACCUCCUGCCGGGCUCCCCUCCCCCGCGCUACCUACACUCGUCUCAGCAUCUUUGUUUGAUUUUAUUUUUUUGAAGACCCCACGUGACCUUGUGGGCGUGGCUUACACACAGCCUCUACUUGAUUGAAAGGAUGCUGGGAGGAAUGCAGGCUCACCACAAGGAUGCCCUCAUCAAACUGCGAGUGAAAUUAAUAGAAGAGGUGGUGGUUGACGACCUAAUAGAACAUCUUGUACAAAACAAAGUCCUUACCCCAAGCAUGCGAGAAAGAGUCCGGUGCAAUCAGGGGAGCUUCCAACAGAAGAUAGCUCUGCUGGAUUUGCUUCCCAUGCGAGGCCCGUGUGCUUUCUCCGUCUUCUGUACCGCACUGCGAGACACGGGUCAGGAGCACUUAGCUGAACAGUUGGAGGAGAAAACACGGACAAUCAAACCAGAGGAAACCGUCUGUCCUUUGUCUGUGGAAGAGCGAGGAGGGCGGAAUCACUGGCGGGAGUCCUGUGAGAUGUAUAUAGAUGAUGGAGACGGUCUAGGGAGUGUGUCUCCGACUUCUGUGGACUUCUACCUGUCACAUCAAAAACAGGCCUACAAGAUGACCACACGGCCACGUGGUGUCUGUCUGAUCCUUAGUAAUGUCUCGUUCACGGCUCCUGAGCUCGGCUAUCGCCACGGAGGGGGGGUGGAUCUCAGCGUUUUAAGGCUUUUGUUUCACCAGUUGAACUUUAAAGUCCGUGAACGCAGCAACCUCACUGCUGAGGAAAUGAAGCAAGAGCUGGAUCUGUUCUCCAAACUGCCUGACCACUCCCAGCUGGAUUCCUGUAUAGUCUCCAUUUUAUCCCAUGGAGUUGAUGGUGCUGUGUACGGAUGUGAUGGCAAACUAGUACAAAUGCAGGACGUCUUUACGAAGCUGGACAACGCUCACUGCCCUCAGCUACAAAACAAGCCCAAAAUGUUCUUAAUCCAGGCCUGCCGAGGAGAUGAGCCCGACCGAGGCGUGGACCAGCGAGAUGGAAGAGAGCAGACUGGGUCUCCUGGUUGUGAGCAGAGCGACGCAGGAAGAGAAAACGGCAGGGUCCGGCUGCCCACCCAGUCUGACAUGAUCUGCGCCUAUGCCUGUCUUAAGGGUACUGUAUCACUUCGCAACACAAAGCAUGGCUCAUGGUUCAUGCAAGAACUUUCUGAUGUCUUUUCCAAACAUGCUAAGGACACACAUGUAGCUGACAUGCUAGUGAAGGUGAACGCUCGCAUUAAAAAUCGAGAGGGACACGCCCCAGGGACUGAAUAUGACCGCUGCAAAGAGAUGUCCGAGUACAGCAGCACUCUGUGCCGAGACCUCUACCUGUUCCCGGGAUACCGCCCCAGACCUGCACUUCCACCUUGUACAUAACUUUUUGCUAUGAGAAGAGAAUGACUUUAUUUUUACACGUUCUAUUCAUGUCUUCCAAGUUUGUGUCGUCUCCUUCAGGGCUCGGGACCCUUAUUUGUGUUCUCAAGUGAACGUUCAGGGACCUGCACAUGGAUCUCGUUCCUGGUCAAGCCGGAUACCCAUGGAGUUGUUUUUUUAUGUGACCCUGUUCACACAGAGCCAUCGUGCAAUGGGAGAUUUUUGAGCCUCUGCUGCCUUUUAUUUUCAAUCAUUGCUUCUCGAAAUUAUUUUCUUUCCUUUACGUCUGGAAACAAACAGCAGAUGGGAAGUAGAACAGAAGGAUGUUUUACUCCUCCGUCCGGCCGUAUCCCCUCCUGACAUGUCUCGCUUUCUAAAUACCUGGGUGUUCAUUUACAUCAACAUCCUGGAGCCUCUUUUUCCCCCCAAAACUCAUGGUGCUGUUCCUAAAUUAUUCCUCCUGGAAAUGUUUGAAUAUAUAUAAAAAAAUUAGGUGCUGCCUUUCUCGUUGACAGGGUCAUCCCUGCUUAGUCAGACUGAGUCCAACUAGUGCUGACUUUGUAGGGACACACUCCUUUGAGAAGGGGAAUGGUAACACCCAAUUGUUGAUUCACAAAUGCAUUUUCAGCAAUAACAGAGGAAUUGAUUAACUCAGAAUGUAAAGAAGAUAUAUUCUCUACUUGUCAUUUCAUGGGCAGUGCACGUAUUUACUAAGGCAAGUCACGAGAGCGGACAGAACUGCUCUUUAAGGGGUUGUGCCAAGUACAGCAUUCAGCGGAAUAAAUGGAGAGGAAGGCUCUAUGCUUGACCCGCCGCUCCGUCAGGACGGGGAGAUGGCACCGCCGUAAUUGAGAUCGCCAGUAGUUGGACCCUUAUUAUCAUUUCAUUGUGGAUGGGGGAUAACUUUAAUACUAGGCACCAACGCUUUCAGUUUUUCCACCUUACAGCUAUGGGAUAUUGAUUAGAUAUUGGUUUGCGAUUGGAUGGGGGGGGGGUUCUGAUUGUUCUUCCAAGUGAGUGAUCCCCGUGUGAAUGAUUGAGGCCCAAGAGACACGAUAUCUUAAAGACUGCAUAAGCCCCUUCAUUUCAGCGCUGGGUCCUGUCCAUAAACAGUAAAUCUGUUUGUCCUGCUGCGGACGUAAUAUGAGGCCCACGGAAAAGGUGAUGGAUUUUAUUUGGACACAUUCAGUAUCUAAGGGAGCGUCGCCAAUACUGAGAAUUAUUUUACGUACCUCCAGCUUACAGAACUGUCCUAAUACGUAAGGAGAAUGUAUUGUCUGCCAGUCCCCUCUGGCCAAAAUGGUCCAUCUGCAAGCAGGAGGGAUCCAUCAGGGACCAUCCAUGGGGAGAUCUAAACCACUCAUUAACAACUACAACUCCUAUCGUACCGCUGCUGUAGAGCAUUUGAUUUGCCUGCAAGAGGCAGGUGCAGGGCAAGGGCUUUUUCAUUAGAUCCGGUGACGUACCGGGUCUCUGCUCGGUGGAGGCUUCUGCCUCGCAGUGUUCCUGGUGACGUCACCGACACUAAUGGCCAGGCUUUAGCGCUGCCCUAUCCCUGUGCUGUAUUGAGCAUGUAAUGCUCCUCUCAGAGGGGCUGCCUGGGUGAAGAAGGGGAAGCCGGACAAACCUUUUAAAUAAUUAAAGGGAACCUGUAAGCCGACCUCACUGAGGGCAGCAUGAAGUAGUGACAGAAAUGCUGAUGUCAGC